AUGAGAAACAUUUCGGUGGGUACAUUUGCAAACAUUCCCCAGCUGACGAUUUUGUUCCUGUUUUCUAAUCAAAUAACAAAGAUUCAAACCGGCGCAUUUAAAAAUCUGCGCCUGCUUGGAACAUUGAACCUGGAUAGUAACCGGAUAACAGCGAUUGAGGCUGGUGCAUUUUCAAAUCUUCCCCAGCUCGAAAUAUUGUCGUUGUCCUCCAACAAGAUAACAAGGAUUCAGGCUGGUGCACUUUCAAAUCUUCCCCAACUCCGAAGUUUAAAACUUCAGUCGAACAAAAUGUUUGCCAUUUCGCCUUUAGCUUAUGGCUUGUCGCCAUCUAUCCCUGAAAUUAAACUUGACAAGAACCCCUGGCACUGUGACUGUAGGAUGGCCCCCUUCAAGCUAAAAACGACUAAAUUUCCCUCAUUCAAAGACUUGAUAAUAUGUGCCAAACCAUCCAAAUUCCGAGGAAAGAAGCUUGCAGAUGUCAAUUAUGAAGAAUUGAUAUGUAAAGAGCCAACUGUGUCACCACCUACACCCAUCCAAACGACAUCUGCAUUGUCAACAUCUUCAAAAGACCUGGUGGAGGCUGCCUUCUGGCCACCUACGGAGACCACAUCAGCAGAACGCCGUCGCUAA